AUGGGUUCAGGUUCAGGUUCCGGUUCUGCUCGUGUGAGCCCACCGAAGCCUGCAGCACACCUAGGCUCCCAUGGCUUGGACGCAGCCGAUGCACCCGCAAAGGCGCUAAAGAGUAGUCUGAACAAGAGCGUCUCCCGAGCCUCCACGGGCGGAAGGUCGUCCAUCAGACAGAUCUCGUACAGCGGAGAAGUUGACGACGACGACGACGACGUGUCCAUAGAGUCCUACCAACCCGACGACAGCAAGGGCUAUCCAGAAGCACCCAAUGAUCCAACAAACAAGUUUUCAAGACAAAUCUCUCGAGAAGAUGCGUCCUCGAUCAUCGGCGGCAUCAACCUGGCAAGUCCCAAUUUGAGCGCAAAGUCGUCUAGAGUGGUGAGUUCGAUCCCUUCGGGAAGGAUCCAGCCAACGGUCGUGCAUCGCAACUCCCUUCAAGGCACUCCAAAGGUCAGUAGAACCAUCCCCAAAAUUAUCUCCCAGAACGAAGAUGGUUUAGAAUCGUACGCACAGGACAACGAUGAGUCUCACAAAGUCUUCAAUUUCUCCCUUCCUUUCUCCAACCCAACAAACGCCGCUGUGGCAGAGGACAUCGAGAACGAAGACGAAGCUGUUGCCGAUGAACGACAGCAGGAGAAUGUGGGAAAGAAACCUUCUCAUGCACGCCCCAAACACCAUGAUGACUUCUCGCUAAUCACUAAAACCUUUAGGAAACUGAGCCAUGUGCUGCCGUUUUCAGCGAAGUCAAAGUCCCACUCAAAAGCAAGACCUGUCUUGCAGAGACGUUCAAGCCACCCUGAAGCUCCCGAUCCUCCUGCUGAUGUCUAUGUUUACUGGAAUGACAUCUCCCACAAAGUGAUGCCAGAUGAAAUGUUAGACAGGGAAGACGUCCGCUUGAAGCUAGAAAGGCAGGAAUCGCUAGACACCCUGCAAGAGGCAAGAUACUACAAGGAUAUUACCCAUUUGGAUGACGGUAAAUUUAAGGCUUUGAGACAAUCCUUGUUACCGCACGCCCCUUCCUUAUCUUUAUCUCAAUCAAUUUCAAGCAAGAUCUCGUUUGUCACCACUAGAAUAAGAUCAGAUUCUCUAACACCAACACCAACACAAUCUCAAGCGCUACCCAUUCCAGAUCCAGCACCUAAGCUGGCUGUAACUGAAGCUAAGGAUAUUGCUCUUACUCCUCCAAACAAUGUUCCUUCCUCGGCAGUGGUUCAAAAUAAUAAUAAGUCACUGACUUCACUGAACAAUUCAAUCAACUCAACAUUAAUAGAAAAAGAGCCUUCGGCAACUCCGUCGGCCAGUACAACAACUGCAAACAAUAGUCAUAAUCCUUUACUUUCAACAUUGGCAACCACUACUAAGUUUGUGACUUCAGUACCAAUGUCCCCAAUAAGCAGUAUCACCCAUCAAACGGAUGCGUCGUCCUCUAUGCAGAUAUAUGAUGACUUGGACGGUGAUGUGAUAGUUUUGGGAGGUUACAGAGGUUCCAUUUUGAGAGACUCUAGAACACACCGUAGAACCUGGAUUCCUGUCUUAAAGGCAGGUCUGAAUAUUAGGAAAAUAAACCUCAUGAUUGGGCCAUCGGAUGAUGACGAAUUGCGUGAACUCAACGCUCGUGAUGUGGUUUUCAACAGAACCCCAAAUAUUUCUCCUGAUGAUAAAGACUAUCCUGAUUCAUACCCUGAUGGAAUGCUGACCCAUAUCGGCCCCGUCGAUAUCUCCCGAAGGUUGUUGAAAAGGUUAAACUCAAACCCUAACGUUACUGCCAGGGAUUGGGGGUAUGAUUGGAGACUAUCUCCGGAAUUACUGUGUGAGCAAUUACAUUCCGAGCUUAUCAGUAUUGUUAAUAAACAAAAGAAUAAAAAGGGUGUCAUUCUUAUCGCUCACUCCAUGGGUGGAAUAAUAGCUCAUGGUGCAAUGGUUAAAGAUCCAAGUUUAGUUAGGGCAAUAAUAUAUGCGGGUACUCCUAUGCCGUGUGCUAACAUUUUGGGGCCUUUCAGAUUUAAUGACUCCAUUCUGUUGAGUCGGGAUAUCUUGACUCAUGAAGCCAACUUUUUCAUGAGAAGUAGUUACGUGUUUAUUCCCCCAAGCUGGGGUGGAGAAGACGAGAAUGGUGAAGGUGGAGGUAUGUGCUUGUUCCGCGACCUCAGAAGCGGUAAGAGAUAUAUGAUUGACUUCUGGGAUGAGAAGAAUUGGGUCUUGUACAAUUUGAGUCCUCUAGUUUCAAAUGUCAGAUUGAAACAGGACAUUGCAAGUGGCAAAUUGGAUCUUCAUAGUAUCAAAGAUACUGCCUUGAAGCAUGAAAUCAAAAAGUUCUUAAAGAUCAAAGUCAAUCAUGAUACAGAAUCGAUCGUUUUAGACGAAAUCAGUAAAUUGCAUGAACCCGUGGUUCUGUGGUUGGACUGUUACAUGUAUUUAGCGAGAACAUUGGGGAGGACCAAAACUUUCAUCAAAUCAUUGGAAAGGAAAGAUCAUGUUAAUUACCCUCCAAUGGCUCAAAUAUUCUCAAACGGUGUUCCAAGUGUCAAAUACAGUCUUGUUGAUGGUGAGGAAUGUAUCAAGAGAGGAGAAUAUUACAAGUUUUUCUACGGACCUGGUGACGGUGUUGUUUAUCAAGGAUGGAACUUCCCUAGAGAACGUGGCAGAAAAAGACCUAAUGGACCGGAUCGGUGUGGAAAAGGUAGUGUCGACCCUGUGGCAAAUGUACCAGAUUGGCGAGGUAGGGAGUAUGGAUAUGGUGAGAAGUACGCGUAUGAUCUUUGUGGAAGGUUCCGCAGUACUGCAGGACAUAUUGGCCUUUUGGUCGAUCAUGAUUUGGUUGGCCAGGCAUUAAACGCGGUGAUGGAAGAAGAGAAAAAACGGAUUCUUGAAAGCUGA